ACCUCUUUGGUAUCUGUUUCACUAAAGCCGCCGACCUGCUUCGCAAUGGCCGCAAGGCUUCUCCGAUCACCGACAUUUGCUUAUUCACCAUUUCCCAGCAAGGCUAACUUGUCAACUUCCCAUGAUGAAUGGCCUCAAAAUAGUCAGUCUUGGAGGAAGAAACCUAACUCUAUCAAUGGACCUUAUAAUAGACACAACAAUUCAAACUAUGUUGUAGGUGGUGGUCAAAAUUUCUAUUCUUCUGAUACGGAGCCAGAUUACAUCAAACCAUAUGAUAUUUGCUUUCGUGGAAGAAGGAAUCGUGGUUCGGUGGGAGCUACUUUGCAUGAAGAAAACAAGGAAAGUAGAAUCCAUGAGAUUAAGAAGAAAAAGACAGAUGGGUCGGUGUUGAGACCUGGUAUGGUUCUCUUGAAAAACUUCUUAAGUCAUGAUGAACAGGUCGAAAUAGUGAAAGUUUGUCGUGAACUUGGCCUUGGUCUUGGAGGAUUCUAUCAACCACUAAAUCCAAAUGGAAGUCCAAUGCAAUUGAGGAUGAUGUGUCUUGGUAGGAAUUGGAAUCCUGUGACCCAUAAAUAUGGAAAGUUGCGACCGUUUGAUCGUACCAUUCCACCUAGUAUUCCCAAUACCUUCAGUGAACUAGCUACUAGAGCAAUCCAAGAAGCUCAGUUUCUGACUAAAAAGAAAUACAGAGAAUGUAAUGAGAAGGAAGUUCUUCCCUCUAUGACUCCUGAUAUUUGCAUAGUCAAUUUCUAUACAGAUAAUGGAAAGCUUGGUCUUCAUCAAGAUCGUGAUGAAAGCAAAGAAAGUCUUAGAAAAGGGUUGCCUGUUGUGUCCUUCUCUGUUGGUAAUUCUGCAUACUUUCUUUAUGGGGAUGAGAGAAAUCCAAAGAAGGCAACGAGUGUAGCUCUAGAUUCUGGAGAUGUGCUGAUAUUUGGUGGUAAAUCACGACAUGUUUUUCAUGGUGUGCCAGCAAUUUUCCCAAAUUCAGCUCCAAAGCAAUUGAUGAAAGAUUCUUGUCUUUCUCCUGGUCGACUCAAUCUUACAUUCAGACAAUUUUAAUGUUACAGUGCUAGAAUGUCACUUCAUAAUUAUCAUAUAAUAGCAAUCUACAUAAAGGUACCUUUCGAAUACAAAAAUAUUUACAUUCAAGAACAAAGGUAUGUGAACGAGAG